ACCUCUCAACCCAACUCCUGACACCAUGGCCUGCUGUCAAACUAGCUUCUGUGGAUUUCCCAGCUGCUCCUGUGAGACCUGUGGCCCCAGCUGCUGCCAGCCAACCUGCUGCCAGACCAGCUGCUGCCAGCCAACCUGCUGCCAGACCAGCUGCUGCCAGCCAACCUGCUGCCAGACCAGCUGCUGUGGCACCGGCUGUGGCACUGGCUGUGGCACUGGCUGUGGAGCUGUGAGCUGCCGCACCCGGUGGUGCCGCCCUGACUGCCGUGUGGAGGACACCUGCCUGCCCCCCUGCUGCGUGGUGAGCUGCACCCCCCCAACCUGCUGCCAGCUGCACCAUGCCCAGGCCGCCUGCUGCCGCCCGUCCUACUGUGGACAGUCCUGCUGCCGCCCAGCCUGCUGCUGCUACUGCUGUGAGCCCACCUGCUAA